CAGUAGGGGGCGUAAUUCACCGAAUCCAAUUCAACAAAGGAAAUACGUCAGAAGCGUGUUGAAAUAGCAUGCUUGCUAAUAGUUCGCUCUCUUUCCGGCUGGUACGCCAUCAUAUAAAACAUGGGGGCAUAUCGCUAUAUGCAGGAGUUGUGGCGCAAGAAGCAGUCAGAUGUGAUGCGCUUUUUGCUUCGUGUGCGCUGCUGGCAGUACCGCCAACUGUCAAACCUUCACCGCGCACCAAGACCUACCAGACCUGAUAAAGCUCGUCGGUUGGGUUACAAGGCGAAACAAGGUUAUGUCAUUUACCGUAUCCGCGUGCGCCGUGGUGGCCGCAAACGCCCUGUGCCCAAAGGUGCCACGUAUGGAAAGCCCGUGCACCACGGUGUUAACCAGAUCAAGUUUGCCCGCAGUUUACAAGCCACCGCUGAGGGCCGUGCCGGCCGUCACUGUGGUGGCCUGAGGGUGCUCAACUCCUACUGGGUGGGCGAGGACUCCACCUACAAGUUCUUUGAGGUGAUUUUGAUAGACCCAUUCCAUAAGACAAUUAGGCGCAACCCAGACACCCAAUGGAUCACAAAGCCUGUGCACAAGCACAGAGAGAUGCGUGGCCUAACCUCUGCAGGAAAGAAGAGCCGUGGGCUGGGCAAGGGUCACAAGUUCCACCAGACCAUUGGAGGAUCCCGUCGUGCAGCCUGGAAGCGGCGCAACACCCUGCAACUGCAUCGUUACCGUUAGAGCUCAUGUCUCUGAAUCUUUAAAAAAAUAAAGAAUUUGGCCACAUGC